AUGUCCCAUCAUAGGCGCCAGAUGACCACCUCCCAAAAGAAAAGCUACAUCGACGCCGUUCUCUGCCUCACCACCAAAGAAGCCAUAUCAGGAAUCAAUGGUACCGUAAACCGGUUCGACGACCACCAAGCCGUGCACAACAAGCAAACCCCCUACAUCCACUUCGUCGGCCACUUCAUCCUCUGGCAUCGCUACUUCGUCGCGACCUACGAAAAAGCCCUCCGAGAUGAAUGCGGCUACACGGGCGGCCAACCCUACUGGGACUGGUCCCUCGAUGGCGAUGCCUCAGACCCCCAAUCCACCAAACCCACAAAAUCCCCCGUAUUCGACCCCGUCACCGGCUUCGGCGGCAACGGCAUCAGAGUCGUCGCCACCCCCAAGCAAAACCCCUUCAACCUCACCAGCACAGGUGGCGGCUGCGUACAAGAUGGACCCUUUGUAGCCCCCAACUUCAUGGUAAACUACCCUGGCCCCCCAUCUUGUCUUCGCCGUGACUUCAUCCCCGCCUUCCUAAACACAUGGACGGAUCCCAAACUCGUCGAGAACCUACUUUCCCAACCUACCUACGAAACAUUUGACCACGCACUCGAGGGUACACCGACGUUCUACAAGCCGAACCUGCACGGCUCUGGACAUUUUGACGUCGGGGGUAUCCUGGGACAGGCGGGCAAUGCGUCGAAUAGUCCUGCAGAGCCGCUGUUUUAUUUGCAUCAUGGAAAUAUCGAUCAUUUGUAUUGGAUGUGGCAGCAGAAGGAUCUCGAGACGAGGCUAUCGCAGGUAGGCGGGCCAGUGAACAGGGAUGAUCUGUCGGGUCCGAAUGUUACGUUGGAUUUUGAGGUGAAUAUGGGGAAGUUGGCGGGGAGUGUGCCGUUGAGGGAUUUGAUGGAUACAGAGGGAGGGUUGCUUUGUUAUACUUAUUAG